CGACGGUGUGACCAGCGAAUAUGGCGACGAUAGAUAACUUGUCAAGUUGUCAAAACUCAUGAUGACAUAACCUAAAACGCGCGUCAUUCCAGAAUAAAUAAUAAACGUUUUUCGUAUUUAUCUAUGAAGUUAGGGAAAUUAUCUAGUCAAUUAAGAUAAGUUUAACUCAUUUAGUACAAUGGACUUACACAAACCAGUGGAUUUGUUGAAUAAGUCCGUUGAGGAAUUAACACCCGAGGAAAAAUGGAGACUGGAGCACCAGAAAUUACACGAGCAGCACAAAGGCCACGAGAAAAUGCAUGCCGAAAUGGUGCUUAUUCUAAUCCUGACUCUAGUUCUAGCCCAAGUAGUGUUAAUUGAAUGGAAAAAACGACAUUCCCGUUCAUAUCUAUUAGUAACGCUACUGGGAAUGUGGAUAAUUCCAUUAAUUCUGUGUUUGCGGAACCACUGGUGGCGCUUCAUUUUCAUAUGGUUGUUGUUUUCUUGUAUCACCAGUCUCAUCGUGCGGAAGGCGUUACAGAAACCCAUAACAGGGACAACGCCAAGACUAGUCUAUAAAUGGUUUCUUUUUAUUUAUAAAUUAAGCUAUGUACUGGGUCUCUUAGGUUACUUCAUAAUGAUGGCGACAUUUUUUGGGCUGAAUUUGGUGUUUAACGCGAAAGCUAACGCUUGGAUGGAUUGCGCUUUACUUCUGGUUUUUUACGGGUUGUAUUAUGGGGUGUUGGGUAGAGACAUUUCCGAGAUUUGUGCUGACAAAAUGGCGUCUCAUGUUGGGUAUUACACAAAUCACGGGAUGCCCACACGGAAUUUGGACCCUACUGUAUGUGCUGUGUGCGGCAACAAACUACUAGUCAGUGAAAAUGAAGAGGGAGUGAUUGAGAACACCUAUAAAUUAACGUGUGACCACGUAUUCCAUGAAUUCUGUAUACGUGGCUGGUGUAUUGUGGGUAAAAAACAGACUUGCCCUUACUGUAAGGAGAAAGUGGAUUUGAAAAAAAUGUUUUGUAAUCCAUGGGAGAAGCCGCACGUGCUGUAUGGUCAGCUGCUGGAUUGGAUCCGGUGGUUAGUGGCUUGGCAACCCAUGAUUCUUUUCCUCGUUCAGGGGAUUAAUUGGGUCUUAGGUUUAGAAUAACGCCUGUUAUUCCCUUUUUUAAUUUAUUCGCCAUGUGAUCAUUUUUUAGAUAUUUAAAUACAUGUGGGUCAGUUACUCCAGUUCAUUGUUAGAUUUAUGCAAUUCAUAUUUUUCAUGCCAAAAUGAGGAGGAAUAUUUUAAUUUAAAAAAACGACUGUCCAUGUCUUAACAUCUUGUUUCUGUCGCCUGUGAAAAUUUUUAUUUUAAAAUAUGAAGGAAAACCGAAAUUGAGGUAAAUUGUGAGCCUUGAUUGUACAAACGUUUAGUAACAAGUUAGAAAUAGGGGUGGAUAAUCAAGCAAGAUAACACAGCAUCAGAGAAAGUGGAAAUGAGUGAAAAGGAUUGGAUGGGUAGUAAGCUGCUCUUGGUCGCAAAACAUCAAAAGAAAUUGUUACAAUGUCCAAGGAAAAUUUUUCUUGUUAAAAAAGUUACCCCCAAAAAAUUACGAAUAUAAAUACAUUUUCAUUGGUU